GGAAGGGAGGAAGUGAUGAGGGGGGGCGGGCACUCACCAGGCUGGGAACAACCUUCCCCUCUCUCCCCCACCGCAGUCUCCUCCUGGCUGGGAGGGUGGGGCGCCCCGGGGUGCGGGGGGUGGACCCUGCGGCCUUACAAGGAGCUGGGUGCCGCCCCCACCCCCGGCCUUGGCCCGGCCCCUCCUCCGGCCGCCGGGGUGGACGCCGGGCAGCCGGGCGCGGGGAGCGGAGCCAGGUCCCCGCGGUGUCCCCAUGUCGUCGGUGUUCGGGAAGCCCCGCGCCAGCAGCGCGCCCCUCGAGGUCAACCUGGCCGUCCUGGGGCGCCGCGGGGUGGGCAAGUCGGGUCCCGAUGGAAUUGGGGUUCAGAGCCCUCUGGUCAUCUUACCCUAACAUUUCUCCCCAUCUGGGAAUAUGGCCAAAAUUCUUUACGGGGUGCAGAAGCUCUGACGGUGAAGUUUCUCACCAAGAGGUUUAUCAGCGAAUAUGACCCCAACCUGGAAGACACAUACAGCUCCGAGGAGACUGUGGACCACCAGCCCGUGCUCCUGAGGGUCAUGGACACAGCUGACCCGGACACGCCACGGAACUGUGAGCGCUACCUGGACUGGGCACACGCCUUCCUGGUGGUGUACAGCGUGGACAGCAGGCCCAGCUUUGAGUGUGCCGCCUGCUACUUGGAGCUGCUGGCCCCCCGCGCCCGGCCUGCCCUGUUGCUGGGCAACAAGCUGGACAUGGCACAGUACAGGCAGGUCUGUGAGGCAGAGGGCGCGGCCCUGGCGGGCAGGUUCGGCUGUCAGUUCUUGGAGGUGUCGGCCUGCCUGGACUUUGAGCAGGUGCAGCAUGCAUUCCACAUGGCCCUACGGGAGGCCCGGCGGGAGCUGGAGCGGGGCUGCCUGACCCGGACCCUGCCACCCCCCGAGGACCGGCCACCACCUCCCCAGGCCCUGCUGGCCCCACGCCACGGGCUGGCCGGCUGCACCUUUGGCCCACUGGCCACCGCCAGCCUCAAGGAGAUGCCCGCCAUGGCCCAGGCCAAGCUGGUCACUGUAAAGUCGUCCCGGGCCCAGAGCAAGCGCAAGGCACCCACGCUCACCCUGCUCAAGGGCUUCAAGAUAUUCUGAAGGUGCUUUGGGAUCUUGCACUGGGGACCAGGGUUGGCAGCUCCCCCUCCUCCCUCACUUUAGAUGGACUGACACCCGCACCAUCUGGGGGGGUUGUGGCUGACCCCUCCAGCGUCCGGCAGGGUACCCCACACCAGGUCCAUUGUGAGCUGGGAUGCUGGCUAGAUUCUGGUAUCCCUGGAAAUGGUCCUGGAGCAGCUUGAAGUGGGAGGAGCCAGCCACCAGCCCUGCCACCACCAGGGGACAGCAGGACAACCAACUGCAGGGGGACCUGCAGCCCUGAGGACAGCCCGCAGGAGGCAGCAUAGCGACACCUGGUGGCCAGGGCGGCCUCUGCAGUACAGCGUGGUCUUCCAGCCGCCCCCACACAUCAGGAGGCAGCCCCCAACCGCCCCCCGGUAAAGUCGGCCUCCAUGUAGCUUAAGUUCAAAGACGGCAGCCGCGGACCCCACUGGGGAGGAUGCCCGGAACCCCAAGCCCGGCACCGAGACACGCAGGGACACUCAGAAACAGACCUCUCUGUGUCUACCAG